AUGCCAGAGAAGACUCCUCUCAACAGUACGCCAGUUGGGCCACCAAAUGAUCCUCCACCUUAUACGAGUACAAGUGCCAGUACCAAUGCUAGAGUGCCCCCUGCACCAAACACCAGCAACACAAUGUAUGGUUCUGCCGCGGCCCCUUGUCUUCUUUCACCCACUAUCUAUCCCCCCGAAACCCUACGCACAAAACCAGCAAAUACAAUAUGUCCACAUUGUCAUCAAAGUGUGCUUACAGUCACAAAGAAUGAGGGAGGAACGGCUACAAUCCUGGGUGUAGUAGCACUUUAUCUGUGUGGCUGGCAUCACGGCGGGUGUUUGAUUCCAUGCUGUCUCCCGUGUGUCCAGGAUGUCAAUCAUUUGUGUCCCAAUUGCAACACUCGCAUUGCAAAGUUCGAUCGCUUUGAACAGUCGACUGUUGUUAAAUAA